UGAGAGCACAGGCCCUGGGCUCCAUGUGGCCUGGUGCCCAAUCAUUGUUUACCUGCCUCUGGGACUUACGCAAGGCCUUGGAGCUGCCCUGUUCCCUUGGCCCCGCCCUGCUGUCCUCUGUAACUGAAGGAGGGAUCCCUCCUACCCAUGAGCAGGCAUCUGCCAUGGCUGAGCCUCGGGGCCCUGUAGACCAUGGAGUCCAGAUCCGCUUUAUCACAGAGCCAGAGGGGGGUGCAGAGAUGGACACCAUUCGUCGUGGAGUGCGACGCCCUACUAAGGAUGCAAGAGCCAAUACCUACGGGGUUGCCGUGCGCGUGCAGGGCAUUGCUGGGCAGCCCUUUGUGGUGCUUAACAGUGGAGAGAAAGGAAGUGACUCCUUCGGGGUCCAGAUCAAGGGGUCCGACAACCAAGGGGCCCCAGGAACUCUGAGCUCUGAUUCGGAACUCCCUGAGAACCCCUACUCCCAGGUGAAGGGGUUUCCCGCCUCCUCGCAGGGCAGCACGUCUGAUGAGGAGCCUGGGUCCUACUGGAAUGGAAGACUACCCCGAUCCCAGUCCCAGGCCUCCCUGGCAGGCCCUAUCCCUAUGGACUCGAGCAACAGGAGCAGCAGCUUGCUGGAACUGGCACCCAAAGAGACUUCCCCAGACAGCACCAUCGACACUGCUCCCUUGUCUUCAGUGGACUCCCUCAUCAACAAAUUUGACAGUCAAGUUGGGGGCCAGACCCGGGGACGCACGGGCCGUCGUACUCGGACACUGCCCCAUGAACAGCGCAAACGGAGCCAGAGCCUGGACAGCCGGCUCCCACAGGACCCCCUGGAAGAACGGGAGCGCCAGUCCCCCGACCACUGGACUCCUAGCGCAAAGUAUGACAAUCAUGUGGGCAGCCUGAAACAGCCCUCCCAGAGCCCGAGCCCCGUGCGGGGCCUUAGCCAUCCCCAUCCUGCCCAGGACUGGGUCAUUCAGAGUUUUGAGGAGCCACAGGAGAAAGCACGGGAUCCCACCAUGCUGCAGUUCAAAUCGACUCCGGACCUUCUCCGAGACCAGCAGGAGACGGCCCCACCAGGGAGUGUAGACCACGUGAAGGCCACCAUCUAUGGCAUCCUCAAGGAGGGAAGCUCAGAGAGUGAAGCCUCUGUUAGGAGGAAGGUUAGUUUGGUUCUGGAGCAGAUGGCGCCUCUGGCGCAGAUGGUUCCUCCUGAUUCGACUAAGACCAUAGCAGGGCAGAGUGAAGUCACCCGGAAAGUGGAGGAGCUGCAGAAAAAACUGGAGGAAGAGGUGAAGAAGCGACAGAAGCUGGAGCCGUCCCGGGUUAGACUGGAGCGGCAGCUGGAGGAGAAGGCGGAGGAGUGUGACCGGCUGCAGGACCUGCUGGAGAGGAAGAAGGGGGACGCCCAGCAGAGCACCAAGGAGCUCCAGAACAUGAAGCUGCUCCUGGACCAGGGUGACAGGUUACGGCACGGACUGGAGACCCAGGUGAUGGAGCUGCAGAACAAGCUGAAGCAGGGUCAGGAUUCUGAACCUGCCAAGGAGGUGCUGCUGAAGGAAUUGUUAGAGACCCGGGAGCUUCUGGAAGAGGUCUUAGAGGGGAAACAGCGGGUGGAGGAGCAGCUGAGGCUGCGGGAACGGGAGCUGACGGCCCUGAAGGGGGCCCUGAAGGAAGAGGUGGCCUCGCGUGACCAGGAGGUGGAGCAGGUCCGCCAGCAGUACCAGCGAGACACGGAGCAGCUUCGCAGGAGCAUGCAAGAUGCCACCCAGGACCACGCAGUGUUGGAGGCCGAGAGGCAGAAGAUGUCAGCCCUGGUACGGGGUCUGCAGAGGGAACUGGAGGAGACCUCAGAGGAGACCGAACACUGGCAGAGCAUGUUCCAGAAGAACAAGGAGGAGCUUAGAGCCACCAAGCAGGAACUCCUGCAGCUGCGGAUGGAGAAGGAGGAGAUGGAAGAGGAGCUUGGGGAGAAGGUGGAGGUCUUGCAGAGGGAAGUGGAGCAUGCUCGAGCCAGUACCAGAGAUAAUCUCCAACUUGAGGAGCUCAAGAAGGAGCUUCGCUGGGCCCAGGAUGAGCUCCAGGAGCUGCGAGCGCAGCGGCAGAACCAGGAGGCGGCUGGGCGGCACCACGACCAGGAGCUGGCGAAGCAGCUGGCGGUCCUGAGGGUCGAGGCCGACCGAGUCCGAGAGCUGGAACAGCAGAACGUCCAGCUGCAGAAGACCGUGCAGCAACUGACACGGGACUGUGAAGAGGCUUCCAAGGCCAAGGUGGCGGCGGAGGCCGAGACCGCGGUGCUGGGGCAGCGGCGGGCAGCCGUGGAGACCUCGCUGCGGGAGACCCAGGAGCAGAACGACGAAUUCCGCAGGCGCAUCCUGGGUCUGGAGCAGCAGCUGAAGGAAGCCCACGGCCUGGCCGAGGGUGGGGAGGCGGUGGAGGCGCGGCUCAGGGACCGGGUGCAGCGCCUGGAGGCAGAGAAACUCCGGCUCCAGGAGGCUCUGAAUGAAGUUCAGGAGGAGGAGGGGAGCUUGGUAGCAGCCAAGCGGGCUUUGGAGGUCCGGCUGGAGGAGGCCCAGAGAGGGCUGGCCCGCCUGGGGCAGGAGCAGCAAGCCCUGAGCCGGGCCCUGGAGGAGGAGGGGAAGCAGCGGGAGGUACUGCGGAGGAGCAAGGCAGAACUGGAGGAGCAAAAGCGUUUGCUGGACAGAACUGUGGACAGACUCAACAAGGAGCUGGAACAGAUUGGGGAUGACUCCAAGCAAGCCCUGAAGCAGCUCCAGGCCCAGUUGGAGGACUACAAGGAAAAGGCCCGCCGGGAAGUGGCAGAUGCCCAGCGCCAGGCGAAGGACUGGGCCAGUGAGGCUGAGAAGACCUCUGGGGGGCUGAGCCGGCUCCAGGAUGAGAUCCAGAGGCUGCGGCAGGCCCUGCAGGCCUCCCAGGCUGAGCGGGAUACUGCGCUACUGGAUAAAGAACUUCUGGUCCAGCGGCUGCAGGGCCUGGAGCAAGAGGCAGAGAACAAGAAACGCUCCCAGGAUGACAGGAUCAGGCAACUGAAAAACCUUGAGGAGAAAGCCUCUCGCCUGGAAGCCGAGUUAGACGAGGAGAAGAACACUGUGGAGCUGCUGUCAGACCGCGUGAACCGUGGCCGGGACCAGGUGGAUCAGCUGAGGGCAGAGCUCAUGCAGGAGAGGUCUGCUCGGCAGGACUUGGAGUGCGACAAGAUCUCCCUGGAGAGACAGAACAAGGACUUGAAGACCCGAUUGACCAACUUAGAAGGCUUCCAGAAGCCCAGUGCCAGUUUCUCUCAGCUUGAGUCCCAAAAUCAGAUGUUGCAGGAGCGGCUCCAAGCUGAAGAGAGGGAGAAGACUGUUCUGCAGUCUACCAACCGGAAACUGGAAAGGAGAGUUAAAGAGUUGUCUAUCCAAAUUGAUGAUGAGCGGCAGCAUGUCAAUGACCAGAAAGACCAGUUAAGCCUGAGGGUGAAGGCUCUGAAGAGGCAGGUGGAUGAAGCAGAAGAAGAGAUUGAGCGACUGGAUGGCCUGAGGAAGAAAGCACAGCGUGAGCUAGAGGAACAGCAUGAGGUCAAUGAACAGCUCCAGGCCCGGAUCAAAUCCCUGGAGAAAGACGCCUGGCGCAAAACUUCCCGUUCAGCGGCUGAGUCGACCCUCAAACACGAGGGACUGAGCUCAGAUGAGGAAUUUGACGGUGUCUACGACCCCUCAUCCAUUGCAUCACUGCUCACGGAGAGCAACCUGCAAACCAGCUCCUGUUAACUCGUGGUCUUCAAGGGUCCAGAAACAGGCUCAAGGCCUACCCCAGCCAGCCCCGCUCUGCCCUGCUCUGCCCUGCUCUGCCCUGCCGGCCUUGGAUUCAUCUUUCCUGUGGGUGACCCACUUACUCAGACCUAAGACAGGGAUGGGUCCAAGUGAUGGUGAUAAAAAAAGACAUCAGAAUGAGCUGAUGGAUGAACUUGGCCUUUCCAUUGGAGAAGUGGAUAUUUUAGGCCUGUAAAGUCCUUCUCUUAGAUGCUGACUCUUCCUUCAUCUCUCUAUAGUGGAAGGAUAGUCAGCAUACAGACUGAGAGAGACUGAGAAGGGAAGGAAAGGGUAGAAAUUGCCAUGUAUGAAGCUUUGUUUCUUUAGCCAUUAGCCCUAUGGCUCAGGGAAAUACCCUAUGCUAUUCUGCAACCUAGUUUUCUCCCACUCUGGAGCAGGGUGAGGGGAACAUUAUGGGUAAUGAGCACGCAGGCGUGACUCUACCCACUUCUCAAAUGCUUCUCUUUGCACAGUCGUGGGGCCCAUGUGGUUGUCCCAUCCAUUUCCAAUUCCUAUAUUUUUUUGUCUUCAAGCCAAUGGGUCCAGGGGACCCUUCAGCCUCUCCCCUUCCAUCUUCACCCUUCUUACCUUGUUUCUUUCCUCUCAGUGCCUUAGCCAUGGUGAGGAGAUAAGUAUGCUCUUCUUGCCUUUUAUUCCUGUACACUCAGACCUCUCCCAAAACCAUCCUUUUCCCAUCUGGGACCCUCAUCCUGCCCUGCUUCCUCAGUGACUGGUCAAAAGCUACUGGCUGCUCUACUGGUGAGCCCUGGGUAAGGGACUUUGGUAGGGCCAUAAUAAGGUGGUGGAGGCCUGGUUCUGCUCAGGGUUUCCAUCCUCCUUUGUCUCCCUCCUCUGAGACUAUGGUGGUUAGAAAGUGGUUGAACCUGGGAGCCCUAACAACUGUGUGUACAAGUUUAAAAGCAAAGGUCUCAGUUCCUGUGGCCUUCCUUGUGGUUUCUCUGACUAGGGAUGUCCAACCUCAGUGGGGAACCAAGGGAUCCUUAUUUAUUCAAGAACUGGGCCCUUAUUUAGGGUUUCCCCUGGAUUUAGAAGCUGACUCUUGGUACAGAUCAGAAGAUGUGAUGGGUUUUAUAUUCCUCUUUUGGAUUUUGGGGAGAGCCAGUCCCUGGUGGGGAGGCCGUAAGGGGGAUGAUUCACCUCUUAUUUCCAAAGCAGGUUCUGUAGGGAGCCUUGUGAGCCUGUGGAAGAAGGCUGUUCUCACCAAUGACUUGUAAUUUCAUGAUUAAAAAAAAUUCCUAUAUUCUGCAAAUCAGACAUUUUCUCCUAAUCCAAUCCAGCCUUGUUUUUAUUUUUAAAUUAAAUAUUAAGAUUAUAUAGCUA